UGUGUCGUUCUCGUGGACUGAGUCUGUGAGACAGCGAGGUCACAGACGGUUAAGUCACAGUAGAACACGUCACAGCUGGACGGUUUACUUCAUUAACAGUCUGUUGUAGACUUUGUUAUUCUUUUGUAGGACAUAGCUUAGACAUGUUGUUGCUGCUUCUUGUCUGCGCGUCUUCGUUCCUAACAGCGCGUGCUGCGACUGUGUGCUCUGCUCAGUUUAAUGGCGUGUGCAUCAGCCCCACGUCCAAUUGUCCCUCCGGCUACAUCCUCUCGUUUUCCUACUGUGGCUUUAACCAGUAUUGCUGCAUCCCUCCGUCUGACUCCGGCGGAAGUCACGUGACAACAGCACCCGCGGGCUCAAACUCGUGUGGUGUUCCUCUUGUCACUGACGCUCACAGAAUUCUCGGGGGGCAGCAGGCCAGUUCAGGGGAGUAUCCAUGGCAGGUAUCUCUCCUCUACAACGGUCAGCAUCUUUGUGGUGGAACCAUCAUCGACAGCCAGUGGAUUCUAACUGCGGCUCACUGCUUUGAUGAUACGUAUGCUGACUACUGGGAGGUGGCCGUUGGAACCAUUGACAUCCAGUAUCUGUCGAGCACUCACGUGCACUCAGUGUCCAAGAUCUACGUUCAUGGCAGCUACGUUGCCGGUCAAAACCCGUACGACAUCGCGCUCAUGAAGCUAACGACACCUCUCGCCUUGACCGGACGUGACGUCAGAAGCGCGUGUUUGCCGGAAGCGGGGGAGAAGUUUGAUGGGAUGGUGUGCACGGUCACAGGCUGGGGCUCCACUCAUGAAGAUGGUGAUGCCGUUCGAUUUUUAAGAGAAGUAGAUGUACCCAUCCUGUCCAACAGCCUGUGCUCAUACUACCUUGGUCCAGAUUCCAUCGUCGACCACAACAUAUGUGCUGGGUAUACUCAGGGUGGAAAAGAUUCAUGCCAGGGAGACUCUGGUGGUCCUCUGGUUUGCAAGCGCAACGGCGUAUGGAAGCUGGCCGGGGUAGUGUCUUGGGGAUACGGCUGUGGCAAGACCUACUCACCCGGGGUGUAUACAAGGGUCACCUCGUUUCUGAACUGGAUCGCCUCUACCAAGUCCAGACCCUAUCAUGCUGCUGUGGCUUUUGUCUGCGUGUCUACAUUUCUGACAGCACGUGCUGCUACUGUGUGUUCCUCACAGUUCCGAGGCGUGUGCAUCAGCCCCACGUCCCAUUGCCCCUCUGGCCACACACUGACUGUCUCCUUCUGCGGCUUCAACCAGUACUGCUGCAUCCCUCCUGCUGACUCCAGUGGAAGUGUUGUGACAACAGCAUCUUCAUCUACAACCUCGAGCUCGUGUGGUGCUCCUCUCGUCACUGAUGUUCACAGAAUUCUAGGAGGGCAGCAGGCAACCGCAGGAGAGUAUCCAUGGCAGGUAUCACUUCUCUACAACGGUCAGCACCUCUGUGGGGGGACAAUCAUCGACAGCCACUGGAUUCUAACCGCUGCUCACUGCUUUGAUGAUACGUACAGCAACUACUGGAAGGUAGGUGUGGGAACUACAGACCUGCGGUCUAUGUCGAGCACUCACGUGCACUCAGUGACGGGUAUCUACGUUCAUGAGAACUACCAGGCUGGAGGGUAUAUUUACGACAUCGCGCUCAUGAAGCUAGCGACACCUCUCACCUUGACCGGACGUGACGUCAGGAGCGCGUGCUUACCGGAAGCGGGGGAGAAGUUUGAUGGGAUGGUGUGCACGGUCACAGGCUGGGGCUCCACUCAUGAAGAUGGCGAUGUCGUUCGCUUCCUGCAAGAAGUAGAUCUACCUAUUUUAACCAACAGCCUCUGCUCUUACUAUCUGAAUGAAGGGGAUGUCCAUGACUACAACAUGUGUGCUGGGUAUACUCAGGGUGGAAAAGACUCUUGUCAGGGAGACUCUGGUGGUCCUCUGGUUUGCAAGCACAACGGCGUAUGGAAGCUGGCCGGGGUAGUGUCUUGGGGAUAUGGAUGUGGCAAGACCUACUCACCCGGGGUGUAUACAAGGGUCUCUUCGUUUCUGAACUGGAUCGCCUCUACCAAGUCAAAACACUAGCAGACUAUGUCCUCGCGGCUCUCUGGAAACAAAACUUGCAACAGCGGCAACAACAACAUGUGCCUACAGGGCUAAACGAGAAGAGUCCACUUUCGUUGCUCCACGAAUCUGGGUUUUAUAGAAAAGUGAAUUAUUGACACAAAUUGUAUUAUCAUGAACUUUGAAAUAGUGAUGGAAAUUGUUUCAGACUACAUUGUGAAUUAGCUAUUCUUACUGAACUGGAAUCCUGCGUAAAGUGUUGCAUGAAUAUGUAAUUUUAACAGUAAUAAAUACUAGAUACCUGGUC